GUCCUCCCCCCACCCGCCCAUUACUGCUACUGGCCCCGGAGGGCACCGAGUCCGCAGCCGGUCCUUUUAACACUUUCCUCUUUCUUCCUUUUUCUUUCUUUUUUUCUUCUUUCUUUCUUCCCCCCUUUUGCUUUCUCUCCUCCGCUGCCCCUGCGAAGUUUCCGCGCCCGGCGCUGGGAUGGCUAUGCCCAAAGCGGAAGGGCGCCACGUCCUCCAACGGUAAGCAGGACGGCUGGGGCUGCAGACCAUGGACUCACUGAGACGGGCAGAGGUGUGAAAAUGUCGAGCGGCAACCGGUCCCUGGUGGUGGACUUCAUUGCCUACAAGCUGGCGCAGCGGGGCCACAGCUGGCGCGAGAUUGAGGGGGACGGCGAGGAGCGGACGGAGCUGUCCGGCGAGAUGGGCGGCGGCGGCGGCGGCAGCGGUGUCCUGAACGGCGGGAGCCCCUCCUGGCACCCCAGCCCCAGCCCGGUGGUCAACGGGGCAGCCAGCAUCCACCCGGCUCUGCUGGAAGAGCUGAGCGACGGCCCCCAGGAGGCGGUGAGGCAGACGCUGCGGGAAGCCGGGGACGAGUUCGAACUGCGCUACCGGCGGGCCUUUAGCGACCUGACCUCGCAGCUCCACAUCACCCUGGGCACGGCUUACCAGAGCUUCGAGCAGGUGGUGAACGAACUUUUCCGGGACGGGGUGAACUGGGGGCGGAUUGUGGCCUUUUUCUCCUUCGGAGGGGCCCUGUGCGUGGAGAGCGUCGACAAGGAAAUGCGGGGCCUGGUGGGAAGGAUCGCCACCUGGAUGGCCACGUACCUGACGGAGCACCUGGACCCCUGGAUUCAAGACAACGGAGGCUGGGUAAGUCUUUGGCUAAACUUGCAGGGUGGUAGAGGUCUCCAGCCUUGGGCCCUUUUUAAAGCCUGGAGGACUUCAAUUCCCAGAAUCCCCCAGCCAGCAA